GGAGAUUCCGCUUUGAAGAAUCGAGAUGUUUAGGAAUGAAACUACAAUAACUCUCAGACACCCUUGAGGGGUGGAGUAAGGGUUUGCAAGAGUUGCCGGGAAUUUUAUGGCAACUUGGGUAGUUGAGAGACUUUAGAGAAGAAAAGCCUUAUUGCUGAGCCCCUGCCAGCUGUAAACACAUCAUCAUGUCUUCAGAGAAUACCUCAGAUGAUGAGGAUACUUUCAAGAUCCUGAUUGCUACAGAUAUUCACCUUGGUUACCUUGAGAAGGAUGCCAUUCGUGGAAAUGACACAUACAACACACUAAAUGAAAUCCUGCAAUGUGCCAAGCAAAAUGAGGUAGAUUUCAUCCUCCUUGGUGGCGAUUUAUUCCAUGACAACAAACCUUCACGCCAGUGCCUUCACAAGUGCAUCACUAUGCUGCGGAAAUACUGCAUGGGAGACUCACCUGUACGCUUCGAAAUCCUCAGUGACCAGAAAGUCAACUUCAACACAACACAGUUCCCCUGGGUUAAUUAUCAGGAUGAAAACCUGAACAUCUCUAUUCCCGUGUUCAGCAUUCAUGGAAACCAUGAUGACCCAACUGGAGCUGAAGGCUUGUGUGCAUUGGAUCUGCUGAGUGCUUCUGGUUUUGUCAAUCAUUUUGGCCACUCCCACUCUGUGGAGAAGAUAGAGAUCAGUCCCAUUUUAAUGCAGAAAGGCAUCACCAAGCUUGCCUUAUAUGGUCUUGGUUCUAUCCCAGAUGAGCGCCUGUACAGGAUGUUUGUCAACAAACAGGUAUCCAUGCUUCGCCCAAAAGAAGACCAAGAUGGCUGGUUUAACCUCUUCACCAUCCAUCAGAACAGGAGUAAACAUGGUCCCACAAACUACAUUCCUGAGCAGUUCCUGGAUGAUUUCCUUGACCUGGUGGUGUGGGGUCAUGAACAUGAGUGUUUGAUUAAACCCACCCUAAAUGAACAACAGCUCUUCUAUGUGUCACAGCCUGGAAGCUCUGUAGCUACAUCACUUUCUCCUGGAGAAGCCACCAAGAAGAAAAUUGGACUGUUGAGGGUGAAAGGUCGUAAAAUGAAAUUGCAAGAGAUCCCCCUGAAGACUGUGCGUCAGUUCUUCAUUGAGGAUGUGGUGCUGGCUGAUCAUCAGGACUGCUUUACACCAGAUACCCCUCAUGUAACAAAGAAGGUGGAGGACUUUUGUUUUGCAAAGGUCACAGAGAUGCUGCACGAAGCAGAAAGGGAAAGACUUGGAUGUCCGCUUACCCCUGAGAAACCUCUUAUUCGCCUAAGAGUGGACUACAGUGGAGGUUUUGAGGCAUUCAAUACCUCACGGUUCAGCCAGAAGUUUGUGGAUCGUGUGGCCAACCCGAAAGACAUAAUUCACUUUGUCAGACGACGUGAGCAGAAGGAAAUCAAAGAUGAGAACAGUAUUGACUAUGGGAAGCUGUUCAAACCUACUGCUGUCGAAGGGUUGAGAGUGGAGGACCUUGUCAAGCAGUACUUUGAGGCAGCAGAACAGAAGGUACAGCUGUCCCUGCUGACCGAGCAAGGCAUGGGUAAGGCCAUUCAGGAGUUUGUUGACAAAGAUGAGAAGGAAGCCAUCGAGGAGCUUAUCACUUACCAGUUGCGGAAGACACAGCUCCAUCUUCAGUCUAGAGGAGUAACCACAGAACAGGAUAUAGAUGCAGAGGUUCGGCUGUUCAGAGAUUCCAAAAAGAACACAGCCGAGGAGGAGAAAGACAUCCAAGAAGCUAUGAACAGAGCCAAGGCUCACCGGUUGGAGCGUGGUGAUGGUGACUUUGCAGAUCAGGAUGUUUCGGAUGUUACUAUGGACUCUGACGAAGGCUCAGUUCCAGUUGCUGCACCUACACGAGGCAGAGGGCGAGGAAGCAGAGGCCGUGGUGGCCGAGGGAGGGGCAGAGGUGCGACUGCCUCUGAACCAAAGCCAGCUGGUCGGGGUCGGUCCCAAAAGUCCUCAACAACAUCCCAAAGCAGGAGCAUUUUGCAGGCAUUUCAGGCAUCCUCCCAAAAGCCUUCUCGAACUGGAGCCACCAAAUCUUAUGCAGAUGAAGUGAUCAUUGAUGACUCAGAUGAGGAUAUACCUGUAACAAAAGCUGCCCGACCCCCUCCAAAACCGUCGUCCUCAUCAUCAUCAUCGUCCUUCUCUAAAUACGGCUCUCAGAGCCAGAGCCAGUCGAGAGGAGUUGCGUUUGACGACAGCGAUGAUGAUGAGGAUGAUCCAUUCAAAGCCCCGACCAGAAGAUAACCAUAAGUGCAUCAUCAUUUUUCCAAAGUUGCAAGUUAGCUGCUCCGGUAUUAUUCUGAAUGAUUUCAAGGUCCAUAAGCAUUCAAUUUUCUCAUUACUCAUUCUUAAUGUUAACAUUUUCAAAUCAGUCUGUUUUCUGGUGAAAGGUUAGAUUGAAGGGUACAUGUGGGCAAGGUGGAGGUUUUGUCCUGGGUUUGCACAGUAAGACUGUGCCUGUCAGUUGGUGGUGGACUACAUCUGUACAUCAACAGUAACCACUAAUGGGGUUUAUCUCUGGCUUUUGUAGUACUUUUGUAGUUCUUGAAAAAUAAAUGUUGCUUUUGAUAUGUAAUCCAGUGUUUUAUUUUUGCAAUAAAGUCACACAUACA